CGGAUUAACAGUUUCGCAAUGCGCAUGCGCAAAACCAACUUACCUGGAAGAGUUACUCCGCCUGAAUUGCGAGUAAAAAUAUUGUUGAAUCUCGAUAUGGCUUUAACAUGUUGCGUUCAAAACUGCUCUAAAGGGGCAUACUGGUUAAAUAAAUGGAAGAAACAACUGUGUGACGUCUGUGGAUGUUUGCACAAAGAGAGAGACUGUAAAUGCGAUCCGCCAUUCAGACUAUUCACUUUCCCAACAAAGAAAAAGAAUCCAGAGCAAAGGGAAAAAUGGAAACAGCUGGUAGGAAGACGUCAGGGCAAUGGACAACUCUGGUCACCAGGCAAAGACAGUCGGGUUUGUUCGGAUCAUUUCACAGAUGGAGAACCAACCAUAAAUAAUCCAUUGCCUACUGUCAGCAUGGGAUAUAAUGAAGCAGAGAAACGAGUGAAGAGAAUGACACAGUUUGAGGCGACUAGCACAAAACAUACGAAAAGGCGUAGACAAAUUAGUGCAAAAGACAAUGACCAUGCGUCUGAGGAAAAUCUUGUUGCAACACCUAUUUAUGAUGACCCAGAGGUUGAGUUACUUUCCCACACUUACAAACUGCCAUGGUUUGUUAAUUUGUUGGCUGUGUUUGUUACUCUGUGUUUACGAAUCAGUGAACAGAACAAGCAGAUUGUUAAGUUGAAAGCCGAGGUGUUCAUACAGAAGCAAAUAAUAGACAGGCUUAAGAAUACUGUGUACAGUGAGAAAAUACUUAAGACCAACGAUGAUGUUCAGUUUUACACUGGUUUGACAAACAAGUCUCUGUUUAACAAAUUACAUGAGUAUAUUUCACCAUUUGUUACAAGAAGGUGGACUGGUGUUAUGUCAAUGGCCAAAAAUGUUAGAAAAUUAAAAUCCAAAUUGUCAGCCCGUUCUGGUGCAAAGUUUGGGCCGGAGAGAAAAAUGUCAUCGAGGACAGAAUUUUUAAUGACAUUAAUGAAGUUAAGGCUAGGGCUGUUAAAUAAAGACUUGUCCAAGAGAUUUGAUAUUUCGGAAACUUUAUGCUCAAGAAUUUUCCUUGCAUGGCUUAGGGCAUCAUUCGAAGUCUUAAAGUCAAUGGUGUACAUACCAAACGAAGAGUCUUUGAUUGCCUCUAAACCCCAAAGAUUCCGGAAAUUUCCAGAUCUGCACUCGAUUAUAGACUGUACUGAAUUAUUUAUUGAAACGCCCAAAGACCCUCAUCUCCAGAGCGCAACUUGGAGCAACUACAAAAACCAUAACACAAUGAAAAUUCUUGUCGCGUGUGCUCCUAAUAGUGCAAUUGUGUUUGUUUCGCCUACAUACCUCGGUAGAAUUUCAGAUAAGGCUCUAACAUUAGACUGUGGGUAUUUGGACAUGUUGCCUACAAACUCCAUGAUAAUGGCAGAUAAAGGAAUCAACAUCACUACGGAAUGCAUGCAACGAAACAUAAGUUUGCAUAAGCCACCAGGCAAGCGUGGAAAUUCUCAGAUGUCAAGUGCUUGUGUACAAAAAACUAAACGAAUAGCAAAUCACCGAAUUUUAAUUGAGCAGGUAAUCAGGAGAUUAAAAACAUUCCGUAUACUGGCAAAUGAAAUUCCAAUUUCACUUGUGGAUCACAUAGAUGAAAUGGUGAUGGUCUGCUCUGCCCUAUGCAAUAUAAAGGUACCAAUAUACAAAUCGUAGUUGGAAGAUACAUGUACAUGGUUGUCAUCACUGGAUAGUUUCCAUAAACUGUUGUACAGAAUGUGUUUGUGUUGUUUUUGAAAUGCAAUUUUAUUAUGGGCAUGGAAUGCAUAGUUGUCGGUUACAUUUUCUUGUAUAAGAUAUUGAA